CUGGCGGCCGCGCGUGCGCGCCCUGGCCCCCUCCCCCCCCCCGGCGGUGCCCUGCGGCCGGGCGCACGCGGCCUCCCGGGCGCCCGCGAGCCUGAGCGCCAGGCCGUGGGAUCUCCCAUGGACGGAACCGGUGGCGCCUCGGGCGACGUGGAGGACGCCCCGGGCGGGGACGCGGCCAGCGGCGCGCCGGGCGGCAGCGAGGAGGCCAUGCCCGACGCAGCCUUCGGCGGCCUCGGCGGCGCCCCGCUGGUGGGCCAGACCGGGAGCGCCGGCGGCUUCGCCGGCUUCGCCGACUUCGGCGAGGCGCCCAGCGGGGCCCCCGCCGGCGGCACUGGCGCACUCGGCGCGGACCUCGACGACUUCGGGGCCGCGCCGGGCGGGGCCGCCGCGGGCGGACGCCCCGGCGCAGCCGCGCCCAGCGGCGCUCUGGCUCUCGGCGAGGAGUUCUCGGCGUUCGGAGCUGGCGCCGCCAGAGCCCUCGACGACACGGGGGGCGCGCCCGGCGGUGCUCCAGCGGGGCACGCCAGCGGCACCUCUGGCGAGGGCCUGGGCCUCUUCGGCGGGCCGCCCGGCGGGGCUCCCGAGGGAGGCGCCGCGGCCGCCUUCGAGGCAGGCUUUGGCGACUUCGGCGGGGCGCCCGGCGGGGCUCCUGACGGCGGCGCAGCCGGUGCCUUCCACGCCGACGUCGACGACACUGGUGGAGCGCCAACCGGCGCUCUGCCAGGAGGCACUGCGUGCGACUCCGCCGCGGACCUCGACGGCGACUUCGGUGGCGCGCCCGGGGGAGCCCCAGCCGGAAGCGCAGCUGGCAUCUUCGACGCGGCGUUCGACGACUUCGGAGAUGCGCCCGGGGGGGCCCCAGCUGGAAGCGCGGCUGGCGCCUUCGAGGCGGCGUUCGACGACUUCGGAGACGCGCCUGGGGGAGCCCCAAACAGAGGGGUGGCCAGCGCCUUCGAGGCGGAGUUCGACGGCUUCGGGGACGCGCCCGCCGGCGCGCCCGCUGGCAGCACUGGCGCAGCCGCGCCUGGCGGGUCCACGGCCAGGGAAGCCGUUGGCGCUGUUGAUGCGGGCGCCAAUUUCGGCGGCGCCCCUGGCGGCACUGCGGCAGGCCGAUCCGCCAGCGACUUCGCCGCGGACUUCGGUGACUUCGGCGGCGCGCCUGGCGGCGCUCCGGCUGGCAGCGACAGGGGCGCAGAGUCGCCACAUCCUGCGGGAGUGCUGGCGGACUUCGCCGGCGGCAGCGGCGGCAGCGGCGGCUGGGGUGGCGGCGGAAGUGGCGGCAGCGGGGCAGAGGUGGCGCAGGAGGGCGCAGGCGACGUGGGCGGCAUGGCCGGCGACAUGGGCGGCGAUGCCGGCGUCUUCGGCGGCGGCACGACGGCCGCGGCGGCCGGCAGCAGCGGCGGCAGCGAGGGGAUUGGCCAGGUCGCGACGCCCGAAGGGGCGCACGGCGGCCACGGCGGGUCUGGCGAGCCCUCCUCGCAGUGGUCCUUCUCCGGGCAGGCCGUGGGAUCGUCCAUGGACGGAACUGGCGGAGCCUCGGGAGGCGUGGAUGACUCUCCCGCUGCGGGCGCCUUGGACGGGCUGCGCCGGCCAGACGGCAGCGGCGCGCCAGGCGGCAGCGACGGGGCCUUCUUCGGCGCGGACUUCGGCGGCUUCGGCGGCACCCCGCCCGCAGGCCCGCCAGCUGGUGGCUCUGGAGGGCAUGGCUCGGUCGGCUUUGUCGAGGUCGGCGCCGCCCCCAGCGGGGCGUCCACAGGCGGCGCCAGCGCCCUCGGCGCGGACCUCGACGCCUUUGGGGGCGCGCCAGGCGGUGCCCCCAUCAGCGGCGCCAGAAGCCCUGGCACAGCCGCGCCUGGCGCUUUCGACGAGGACGCAGACUUCGGCGGCUUCGGGGGUGCACUCGGCGGAGAUCCGAUGAGCGCUGCUGGCGUUCUCGACGACACAGGGAACACGCCCAGUGGCGCUCCAACGGGGCACGCCGGCGGCACCUUCGGCGAGGACGCCCGCGCCGGUGGCUCGCCUGGCGGGGCUUUGGCAGGGGGUGCCAGCGGCGGCGGCGGCGGCUUCGAGGCGGACUUCGUCGACUUCGGCGGCGCUCCAGGCGAGGCCCCCGUCGGCGACGCAGCUGGUGCCUUCCGCGCCGACGUCGACGACACUGGUGGGGCACCAACCAGCGCUCUGCCAGGGGGUACUGCGGGCGCCUCCACUGUGGACCUCGACGACGACACCGGGGGCGCGCCUAGCGGUGCUCUGGCUGGGCACUCUGGUGGCACCUUCGGCGAGAACUUCGACGCCGAUGGGUCUCCCAGUGGGGCUUCGGCAGGAGGUGCCGAUGGCAUGUUCGGCGACUUCGGCGGCGCGUCUGGAGGUGCUCCUGUCGGUUAUGCAGGCGGUGCCUUCCAGGCCGACGUCGACGACACCGGCGGAGCGCCCAGCACCGCUCUGCCAGCGGCCACCGCGGCCUCCUCCGCUGUGGACCUCGGCGACGACUUCGGUGGCGCUCCCGGAGAAGCCCCGGUGGGAGGCGCGGCCGGCGCCUUCGAGGCGGACUUCGACGACUUCGGCGGCGCACCUGGGGGAGCCCCGGCCGGCAGCGCGGCCCCAGCCUUCGGGGCGGACUUCGGUGGCGCGCCUGGGGGAGCCCCGACCAGCGGCGCGCCCAUCGCCUUCGAUGCGGAGUUCGACGACUUCGGCGGCGCGCCGGGGGAAGCUCCAGCCGGCGGCGCGGCGGGCGCCUUCGCUGCGGAGUUCGACGGCAGCGGGGGCGCGCCCGGCGGCGCGCCCGCUGGUGGCGCCCCAGCCGAUCCGGGCGGCUCCCCAGCCGAGGAGGCCGCUGGCGACUUCGGCGUGGACGGCGACUUUGGCGGCGCUCCCGCGGGGGGCUUCGCCGGCGCCCUCGCCGCGGACCUCGGCGACUUCGGCGACUUCGGCGGCGCGCCGGCGGGCGGCGCCCCAGGACCAGUCCUGGUUGCAGUCGCGGUCGGGGUGCCGGAUAAGGACCAGUCCUGGUCGCGGUCGCGGUGCGGCAUUAUUAAUGCCGAGUGGCACCUUAAUAAUGUCACCCGCGACCAAGACCAGGACUGGUCCUGGUCACGGUCGCGGGGCGGCUCUGCUUUUACCUGGUGUCAUAGUGCCACCCCGACCAAGACCGGGUCCACUCUCCCCGGCCCCGCGGUGCCUAUGUGCCCGCUCCACGGAGGUGGCGGCAGCGGGGCCGAGGCGGCGCAGGAGGGCGCAGGCGACGUCGUGGCCGGCGACGUCGGCGGCGAUGCCGGCCAGCCCGCCAGCGCCACGCAGGCCGGCCCCGCCGCCACCGGGGACAUGCCCGCGACCGACGGCCCCGGCUCCAGGAACGACGCAGCGGCCGAGGACCCCGGCAGCACGCCGUCCGUCCCGGGCCCGGCGGGCCCAGCGGCAGGUCGUGGGCCUCACGGCGCCAGCUCCGACCCGUCGGCCACGCCGGCGAGGUGGCCCAUCGCCGCCUGCAGCCCCUCCAUCUCCUUCUUGUGGGCAGCGGCCCCGGAGUCGAAGUGGGCGCUGACCCAGCUGCAGUCGGAGACCGAGGGCCCCGGCUGCCCCUUCGGGGCGAAGGAGUGA